AAAAAAAAAAAAACAUGAAAUGGGUUAUUUUCUUUUGCUCAAGUUGUUUGUAUUCUUCGUGCCUGAUUUCUUAAGUGUUAUUACAGAAAGAGUGACAGUAUCAGUGACGGAGGGAGAUUCAGUUAGUCUACACACUAAUGUUACAACAACACAACAAGAAGAGAUUUUAUGGUAUUUUAAUGACACCCGCAUCGCUCAAAUCACCGGAGAUCUCAGUAAGAUCUGUACAGAUGUUCAGUGUAAUGAAGGGACUGAGAGAUUCAGAGACAGACUGAAUCUAGAGAAACAAACCGGAUCCCUGACCAUCGCAGACAUCAACACUGCAGACACCGGGGUCUAUCAACUGAAGAUCUUCAGUAGCAGCAGCUUCAGUGAAAAGACCUUCAGUGUUACUGUUCUUGAUUCUCCUGAUAAAGUGAAGAGAAUAUCAGUGAAGGAGGGAGAAUCUGUCACUUUUGAUCCUGGUGUCACACAAAACACAAAUUAUGUGAUGAGAUGGUAUUUUAAUAACUCUCUCAUCGCUGAAAUCACUGGAGAUCAGAGUAAGAUCUGUACAGAUGUUCAGUGUAAAGAGAGAUUCAGAGACAGACUGAAGCUGGAUCAUCAGACUGAAUCUCUGAUCAUCACAAACACCAGAACCACAGACUCUGGAGAAUAUAAACUAUUGAUCAUCAACCAUAUCCUUCAGAACAGCGUCAGUGUCACCAGUUUGAAAACAUUCAUUUUUUCUGUCAUUGAUUCAGGUCUGUCUUCAGCUGCUGUAGCAGGAAUAUGUGUUGCUGUUGUUCUGUUGUUCGUGACCGCAGCUGUUGGUGUGAUUUACUAUCACAAGCGUCUUCAAGCAGGAUAGAAUAACACCGCAGCACAACCCAGUGAUCAGUCGGGGGUUAUUUAAAAGAAUUGUUCCCUAAUCUGUCUGACCCUAUGUUGAUGGACAACGGUAAGGUGACGUCCCCUGAUGAGAUUGAGACUGAGGCUACCAGUGAGACAACUUUUACCUCAAACACCAGAGCAGAAGUGACUGAAAUAUAUAUAUUCAUACAGCAAUAAUUGGGGAAACAUGCCGGGGAGUCCAAAACAGUUAAUAUACAAGUUCACUUCAGGAAUUAACAGUUGCAUUGAUGAGUUUGAAGUACAGUAACAAAUUGAAAGGCAAAGUGAAUCUGUGUCUAUUAUUAGCUCACUAUAUAAAAAAGCAUAUGGACAGAAAAAAGUUGUGUGGAAAGAAACACAAUUGUAUAUUUCUAAUGUACGGCUUUUUAUAAAAAUAAAAAAAAACUAAUCAAAAAGGACUAGACGGAAUAUUAACACCAGCUACAACGUCAUUAAACUAACAGUAUUAACUAGCUUGGAAAUUCAUUCAUUUUGAUGAAACAGUAUUUUUCAGUGUAUUUUAAUUUUUUAAUUUUUAUAUAGUCUUUUCUAAUAGUUGAUAAUAUAUAUUGUAACAGACAGCUUACUUAAUAAAAACAUUUGUAAUAUUUGUGAAGUGAUGAUUCAUUUAUUUCACUGCCAAUUUCUUUCUUUUAAUUUGUUGCCAUUACACAUGAUGUGAUGAAGACCUUUGGGACAUCCAAGGUAAACAUUAAUUCUUUACUUCAUCUGUCCAUUGUGUCUUGAUAUGUUUGUAAUGUGAGAAUAUAAUGAAAAUGAUCA